AUGGUCAACAACCCAACGAUUUCUGCUGGAGUAGUUGGGACUUCAAAGCUGAGUGUAGUGGCUAUGACGAUUCUCCCGAUUGACCCUGCGAACCGGAAGUUUCCCACCCCUGGCAUCGCAUCAUCGUAUACCGAGGCCUCAAUCAUAUCUUCGGACCACGUCAUCCCGAGACUGGCCUUCGGCAUCAAGUCCGACAAGUCAUGGGAAAUCGAAAAUGCCGCGAUCCCACCUCGAGCUCAUUCGUACAGUGAACGGUCGAGUUCGAGACAACCAGACAUGAUGGGAGGAGAUUGUGGUUUUGGAUACAAGGUCGCGCCUGGAGUCGGACUCGUCGCUGACACUUCAGUGUCAAGGAAAUCCAAGUAG